AUGAUUACAAAAUACUUCAGCAAGGUUGCUGUGAGGUUUAACCCUUUCGGUAAAGAAGCAGGCGCAGUUAGACUUCUUUUAUCCUCUAUUCCGCCAGUGCAACGGAUGCAGAGUACACAGAUAACAAACCAGUUACUUACUGAGUCCAGCACAGCUACUCCGCUAGUGAAGAUUACAUACAAAGAUAAGAAAGAGCUUGAGCUGGAUCCCAGAGGCCACUCAUUCGAAGAGCUAGCGAACUACUUUGACAGACACUCCAGACAGUUGCAGAUCAAAGAGACCAUUGAGAACCAGUAG